GGAGGCUGCUGUGAGAGGGCGCUCGAGGCUGCUGGAAAGCGAACAAGCAAAGGAGGCGGGGAGCUGGCGAGGCGGCGGCUGCCUUCGCUCGACUGCUCGUUCGCUUCCCCGCGCUGCCUCGGGUCCGCCGCUGCGCUUCCUGCUCGCCGGCGGCUCAGUUGCACGCCGCCGGAGCAGCCGCCCUUCUCCGGGUCCCGGCUCGGCUCGAGAGUCGUGCGCGCCUGCCGACACCGCGCGGAAGGCGAGCCGGCGCCACACCUGUGGAGCCGGCGGCCGUCGAGGGUGCCGGCCCGGGUCCCGCCGCGUGCGUGCUCCGGGCCGUGGGCCGCCGGGGCCCCGGGGGAGUCUCGCUCCCUGGCUGGGCGCGGUGGGCACCAUGGGGCUUCCCGCACUAGAAUUCAGCGACUGCUGCCUCGACAGCCCGCACUUCCGAGAGACGCUCAAGUCGCACGAAGCGGAGCUGGACAAGACCAACAAAUUCAUCAAGGAGCUGAUCAAGGACGGGAAGUCACUCAUCAGCGCGCUCAAGAACUUGUCUUCGGCGAAGCGGAAAUUUGCAGAUUCCUUGAAUGAAUUUAAAUUUCAGUGCAUAGGAGAUGCAGAAACAGAUGACGAAAUGUGUAUAGCAAGGUCUUUGCAGGAGUUUGCCACUGUCCUCAGGAAUCUUGAAGACGAGCGGAUACGGAUGAUCGAGAAUGCCAGCGAGGUGCUCCUCACCCCCUUGGAGAAGUUUCGGAAAGAGCAGAUUGGGGCUGCUAAGGAAGCCAAAAAGAAGUAUGACAAGGAGACAGAGAAGUAUUGUGGCAUCCUAGAAAAACACUUGAAUUUGUCUUCCAAAAAGAAAGAAUCUCAGCUUCAGGAGGCAGACAGCCAGGUGGACCUGGUCCGGCAGCAUUUCUACGAAGUGUCCCUGGAGUACGUCUUCAAGGUGCAGGAGGUCCAGGAGAGAAAGAUGUUCGAGUUUGUCGAGCCCCUACUGGCUUUCCUGCAAGGACUCUUCACCUUCUAUCACCACGGCUAUGAGCUGGCCAAGGACUUCAGCGACUUCAAGACGCAGUUGACGAUCAGCAUCCAGAACACAAGAAACCGCUUUGAAGGCACCAGGUCGGAAGUGGAAUCGCUGAUGAGGAAGAUGAAGGAGAAUCCCCUCGAGCACAAGACCAUCAGUCCCUACACCAUGGAAGGGUACCUCUACGUCCAGGAGAAACGUCACUUUGGAACGUCCUGGGUGAAGCACUACUGUACCUAUCAGCGGGAUUCCAAGCAAAUCACCAUGGUACCAUUUGACCAGAAGUCAGGAGGAAAGGGGGGAGAAGAUGAGUCAGUCACUCUGAAAUCCUGCACACGGCGGAAAACAGACUCCAUCGAGAAGAGGUUUUGCUUUGACGUGGAAGCGGUCGACAGGCCCGGGGUUAUCACCAUGCAGGCGUUGUCUGAAGAGGACCGCAGGCUCUGGAUGGAAGCCAUGGACGGCCGGGAACCUGUCUACAACUCCAACAGAGACAGUCAGAGCGAAGGCACUGCACAGUUGGACAGCAUUGGCUUCAGCAUCAUCAGGAAAUGCAUCCACGCUGUGGAAACCAGAGGGAUCAACGAGCAGGGGCUCUACCGGAUCGUGGGGGUCAAUUCCAGAGUGCAGAAGCUGCUGAGUGUGCUGAUGGACCCCAAAACGGCUUCUGAAACAGAAACAGAUAUCUGUGCCGAAUGGGAGAUCAAGACCAUCACUAGUGCUUUGAAGACCUACCUAAGAAUGCUUCCAGGACCCCUCAUGAUGUACCAGUUUCAAAGGAGUUUCAUCAAAGCUGCAAAGCUGGAGAACCAGGAGUCUCGGGUCUCUGAAAUCCACAGCCUUGUCCAUCGGCUCCCAGAGAAAAAUCGGCAGAUGUUACAGAUGCUCAUGAACCACUUGGCAAAUGUCGCUAGCAACCACAAGCAGAAUCUGAUGACCGUGGCCAACCUUGGCGUGGUGUUCGGACCCACGCUGCUGCGUCCUCAGGAGGAGACGGUGGCGGCCAUCAUGGACAUCAAGUUUCAGAACAUCGUCGUUGAGAUCCUCAUUGAAAAUCACGAAAAGAUUUUCAACACCGUGCCUGACGCGCCCCUCGCGAACACCCUGCACCUGUCUCGGAAGAAGAGCGGUGACUCCAAGCCCCCGUCCUGCAGCGAGAGGCCCCUGACGCUCUUCCACACCACGCAGUCCACAGACAGACAAGAACAACGAAACAGCCUCAUCAACUCCAGCUUGGAAUCUGUGGUCUCCUCAAAUGCAAACAGCAUCCUGAAUUCCAGCAGCAGCUUACAGCCCAACAUGAACUCCAGUGACCCAGACCUGGAUACACUCAAGCCCGCCCGGCCCAACUCACUCCCCCCGAAUCCAAGCCCAACUUCACCCCUCUCGCCAUCUUGGCCCAUGUUCUCGGCGCCAUCCAGCCCUAUGCCCACUUCAUCCACGUCCAGCGACUCAUCCCCCAUCAGGUCUGUUGCAGGGUUUGUUUGCUUUUCUGUUGCUGCCGUUGUUCUCUCAUUGGCUUGGUCCUCUCUUCAUGCAGUGUUCAGCCUCCUCGCCAACUUUGUUCCCUGCCAUCCAAACCUGCACUUGCUUUUUGACAGGCCAGAAGAAGCGGUUCGUGAAGACUCCAGCGUGCCGUUCCGGAAGGCAAAAGCCUUGUACGCCUGCAAAGCGGAGCACGACUCGGAGCUCUCGUUCACCGCCGGCACCGUCUUCGAGAACGUUCAUCCGUCUCAGGAGCCCGGCUGGUUGGAGGGGACUCUGAAUGGCAAGACGGGCCUCAUCCCCGAGAACUACGUGGAGUUCCUCUAACCGUCUCCAUGGCAGAGCUGCUGAGCCCUCCGUGGUAUCCAUGACAACCGCUGAGUCCUGUGUCGUGGGCCAUUGCUCUUCGCCGCUGAGACCGGCAGGGUGACUGACUCUGCUGCUACGUGUCCACAUGAAUGUUUCCGCGAACUCUGGUGUCGCCAUCCCCGUGAUCAUCUCAGCCCGACGUGACGUGCGGUGAUACUGCAAGAAACAGACGGACAUCCGCCGAGGAGCCCCGUGGAGUUUGAUAACCAAGAGAAAGGCUUACGGAGCCGCUUCUUUCAUUUAGUGCCCUAAAUGGGGAACGCUCAUGCGCUUUCAACAGCCCCCCCAACCCCCACCUGCUGAAAAAGGAAGUAUGUGGGAGAUCAGUGUCCCCACGGAUGUGCGGUGUCGCCGCAUGGGCGCUGUAGACGGGUCCAGCGGGGCUGGGCAUAGGCCUGAGGUCCAGGCUGGGUCCCCCACUUUGGUUUACUGUAGGCACUCUCUCCACCCCCGUCUCUCAGCACUUGAGGCCCGCAGUGCUCCACGUGGCUGGGUCUGCUGGUUUGCGUGCCGGAUAGGGAGGGGUGAUGGCCCUGUUUACAGGAGGUCCAAUCUCUCACCAUCUCUCAGGCAGCCGCUGGCCCAGCAUCAGCAGAAUUCUGUCUAGUCCGCUCAUGCAAGGCAACACACGCACCCCCACGGCCCCCCUUCCAAGCUAGAACGUCUCCACCACCAAGGGCUGCCAUCACCUCGUCACCACGGCAACCCAACCUUCUCUAAAAGCGAGCCAAAAAAUAACACACACGCUGGACAUGACAUGUUCUGUUUUUCUCCACCCCCACCCCCCACCCUCACAACCACCUUUGGGUCGUUUUUCGGGUGCUUUUCCAACAACCUGAUGCAGAGGCUCGGGGCAUGAGAGUGGUCUCCUUGGGGGCAGACAGACUAGCAGCUGGGAACUCUUUCCUUCCUGACGGAUUGCAGCACCACUGGGGUAUAUUUGGAGCAAACUCUAGUAACCUCUUGCGAUUCGAUUACGUGCGGGCAUAGUAUUUCUGCUCUUCCACGCAAGCAGUGUUUGCUUUCUAGAGGGCAACCUGCUGCCUCCCAGUGGGUGACACCCUCCCUCUGACUCAUUCCGUCCCUUUCACCUGUCCCUUCCCCUCCUCACCCGCCUCUGGCCCAUCGCUCUUAUCCCACCCCACCCCCACCCCCUGGCAGUGCCCUGGGCUGCCAAGCACUGGUGCCCUGGCAGUCUUCCAGCACACUUCCCGGCUCAGCCCAUGGCCUCUAGUUUAAAAGGACACACAUAUUCACUGCCACUCAGAAAAAGGGAAUGGUUUCUCAGGCUCUUGAGGCAUGAGACUAAUAUCAUAAGCCAUGGUGAUUUAGGAGGGCACUGUACCGUUGGGCCGUGGAAGGUGGCAUGGGUACCUCCUGAGAAAGAGAAUUUCCUGAUCCAGGAGGAGCUGGGCCUUGGGGAAGCCCACGUUGAGGGGGAAGUAUGGCCUGGACAUGUCGCAGUCACUUAGCCUCCAAAGAAGAGAGUCCCAGGAUCUCCCACAUUUGAAUGUCCCUGCAAGAGCGAUUCUGGGCAAACUCCAAAGUUAAGGGACUGUCACGCUCCCUAGGAACCCCUCGGGAUGGCAGCAUCAUUCCAGAAUGUUUCCUGCUUCUGGAAUGCCUCUUUAGGGACCUUUCGAGAAGAAAAGGAAAACUUGAAUUGUGUUGAAUUACUGUAUCUUUUACUUUUUUUUUUUUUGGAAAAGAUAAACUUGUAAAUAGAGUGAUUUGAAAUACUAUAUGGCAAAGUUUUAUAUUUGAUAUUCCUUAAGCUUUGAUUGCUGAACAAGUGUGUACACGAGGGAGAGAGAGGACGCAAGGCUGAAGAGAGUCAAGGCUGUCCCCUCUGGCCUCCAGGAAGGAGAAGCGAUUUCCACCCACUCUGUGCUGGCUCUUGUUGGUGGGCACGACGCAUUAACGGUGUUCAGUCUUCUUUGUCCAGCCGUGGUUUUUGAGCAUUUCUUGGCCUUUGGAUUUGGAGAUGGGAAGAGCAUCUUCAGGCAAUGAACUUAUCCAAGAACUCCUACCCAGUAGUAAGAUGAAGCUCAGGAUUUAAACAGGUGAGGCCAGGGGGGCAGAUUUUUUUUUUUUUUUCAUUUUUCUUCUCAGGUGUAUUUCUUGGUACCCCGAGGUACUGGGACAAAAGAGGGAAUGAUGCGUGUUCCUUCUGUCUAACGCUUCUGCACAUCUUCCAAGGCUUUAUAAAUGAGUCCAAGCUAGUUUGCAAAUAUGAUGUGUGUCUUCAGUUCUAAGAAAAACUAGCUUCUUAGGAUCUUGAGUUCUCGAUAUGCUGCUGUUCUCCUUUCCCUAAACAGGUUUGUGCCCUUCCUGUUCAUCUCAGAUGUCCUACAACCCUCAAGGAAGAGGGGGGGGGACCUCUAAAGAGGGAUGGAGAUUGUGCUAUUAGAGCUUUAUGGGCGGCUUUAAAGUUCAUAGGAGUUUGUCAUUGUGAUUCAUGCCGUCAGCUCCCGGAGUGCACAGCUGUUACCCAGGAUCUCACCCAGCAGCAAGCCAGACACUCCCACUGGAUCAGGGAGCAAACAUUAAGAUUGGAGAAGACGGAGACAGGCCUCACAGAGUACCCAAACAGGAAGGGGACAUCCAGGCAGACUACACCUGCUCCCUCAGACUGGGAGCAGCUUGGGGACCUGUUGAAAGGGGCCAGGGGCCCAAGCACACUCUGUCUAUACCACUGGGCUUUCCAAAUAGAGUGCAACAUGUUGCUUUUAAAUCUUCACCUGCCCCUUUGAAACCUUAGCUAGAACCAAUGUGGAGCAGCCGGAAGGCCCGGGCCCUGGCUUUGGGAGUUGCUCUCUGGAGCGUUCCUGUCAACCGUCGGCCCCAGCUUGACCCCCCGGAAGCAGGUCCCUGCUCCUCACAUGGCCCUGAUCUGAAGCCGGGGGACAUGGAGCUGCUCCAGUGGCCCUUUUUAGGUAGACCCCUUGAAGGCUUUUCUGGGCUGUGCUGGGCAGUGGCAGGUGGCUGCCCUCCCUCCCUUCCCCCACCAGCUCCCCUCGCCGUCAGCUGCAGAACUGGAGACACUGUUCAGAAUGUGAGCCAACAGAUGAGAAGGGACUCGAAGAGUGAAAAUGGGCUUUCCCCACUCCACUGGGUAUGCCCCCCGCCCUCCCUCUGCUGCCAUAGGCAUCUAGGGGUGUGAACUGGGUAUCGGAGGGGAAGACUGUGGACCAAAGUCUGGGAAGUUUCCCUCGUGUUUCUUUUGGAAGGCCCUGAGAUCAAGUGGGCUUACACAGCCCAAGGGUUUUUUUUUUUUUUUUUUGGUGUUGGGAUCAGCUCACUCCUCCUCCGGGUGUUCACUGAAUUCCUAGCUACAGAAAGCCACAUGCCUUGAGAAGACAGUUUGUUUCAAAUUCUCCCCUCCCCACUCCAAGUCAGUUCCUGACUUGCUCAAGACUGAUGAUAAUCUUCUCUCUUUUCAAACCUAAACAUAGAGAGGUGGCCCCCAGAGCACUCACCACGUUGGUAUCCUAGGAGUAGAGCCAGUUUUUGGCUUAGAGUUUUAGUAUUUCUACAGCUAAUAUAUGUGUUCUCCUGUCAGAUUAAGUGGACUUGGUGUUUUGUUUUGGUUUUUUCCAAUGUGGUUCCAAUGCCUCUCCUCUUACAGAGUGCAUUUUGGACAGAGAGGCAAAGAGAAAGAGAGAAAAUGAGCAGUCACGUAUUGGCCGACUGGCAUUAGCAACACAGCCAUUCUAGUGACAGGGUCAUUUCAGCAUUUGCCAGGACUCUGCAGUUAUGUGUGCCAGCCCUGUAACUUAAAGGGAAGUCCUUCUGCCAUCAGCGUUUGUAUCUCUUGAAAGCAACAACCCCUGCGACACCAAAAGCUCUGUCUUGACUGCAGAGGCUCCAAAAACAUCCAUGACUGGGGAGUAGGGAGGCAGAAACAAUCAACUAAAGAGACCAUGAUUGACGCCAAGAUACCAUGAUCAACUAGUCAUGGCUGUUGGCACCUUUCAUCCUCAGGUUUCCAUCCAAAAGCAAGUCUAGACCAUGCACUUUUAUAGACACAGGACUCCUAGGUACCAGAGGGGCUCUCUUGGGCCACUCACUGUUUGCCAUUGUGUUGAAUGUUUUAAUGAGCAGCCAUGUUCCCCAAGUAGGUAGCCAGCACUAAGGAAACCAAACAGCCACUUCACUACCUGACUUUAGAAGGAAAGACCUGGGGAUUCUAGGGCGUUAUCCAUCUCUGGCAAGCUUGCCAGUCAUCAUUUACCUAGACAGCCCCAGCCCACACCUCUUUUAAGUCAACUGCCUGUCCUCCCACACACCCUGUGCUGGUGUCUAAAAAAUGUAUCUUGUCAUGCUCCAGUGUGUCUGGAGGCCCUGCUGGUAUGCUGGACCGCUUCUCUGUAAAUGUCACAUCCAAAUGACAGCAGCCGUAGAGUGACCGGCCUUUGCACAAGCCUCCAGCAGACCCGCGACCAGAGUCCAGCUUGUAAUAGCUUCCUUCCUUUCAUCACCUAUAGUACUUGUCUAACUACAGAGCUUCCCGAAGCAGAGGGAGAGGCCGUCCAGAAAGUCCAGACGUCAUUCAGAGCCGGCCCCUGCUGAGUGGUCUCUGUAGGGAAAGCCCAUGUGUUCCUAGGAGCAAAAGCACUAGGCAUAAAGCGAUGCUAGGAGCAGAGAGAGAAAGGCAGACUGUACAGAACGACUAGGGAUUUUCUUAAAGAGGGACUAAUACAGUUCUUAAUGGGAGGGAAUCCAUCACAUGAAAUGGUCACAGCUAAGAUUUUUACGAAGGUUUUACAGGACACGACAUGAUCAAAACAACUUUCAAAGUGGAAUGCUCUCGUGUGCAAAGGCUUGGCGCAGUCCUAGACCCACGUGAGUGAAGCCAUUGCUGUUAGGUCCACAUUCUCUUUAGUGUUGUGGGAACCCAGAGCCGUGAUGACCAAGGGGUCGGGAGUACCUGGGGCAGAGCCAUCCAGGAGAGGCCAGGACUGUGGACACUUCUCCAGUGACCAUUUCAACCAAGUUGUCCACGUAGACACCUUCCCAGAGCUUCCUGGGGUAUCCAGACAGCAGGGCCACCCUCGUAGCUGUGAAAAGAGGCUUCUCUGAUGAGCCUUAAUGUACACAGAUUAGUACGUGUUAGUGUAUGUGUGUGUGCCGCUCACAUUCACACAUGUAAAGAUGACAGACUCUUCCAGAAACCCACCUAAGCGGGCAGUUGCUGAGCCUUGACAGCCUUUCAGAUUGGAAGGUUGAGCAUUAGAGAAACAAGACAGGCUGUUGAUUGACUAUCAGAGCGAUCAAAGAUGUAAAUUAAGUGCCAUUUUAAGACAUUGUUCGUAUUUAUCGAAUGGUUACUAUCUACAGCUAUAUUCCUUGUUAACUUAUUAAGAGUCAUGUUGAAAAAAGCUCAAACUCAUAAACGGUUAGUAGUUAAUAAGCACUCUAAAAGACAUUUGUCUCUAUUUUAGAGAAGAAAAUAUUUGCAUGUUUCAUUCAUAAUUUAGGCUACCUUUGAGUAUCUUAGAAAGUGCUGGGUGAUAGAUUAUCAAUAAAGUACAUAAAAAUGGCACUUUAAUGUUUUUUUUUAAACCAUAAAUGCACUGUUUUAAACUUCAGUAUUGAAUAUUGACUGGCGUGCAGAAUCCUAUUUCGUCAUUCCAAAGGAACUUGUGACUAGAACUUUUUCGCUGUCAUUCGUGAAGUAGUUUUGCCGUAUUCAGGCUUUAAAAGAAAAAAAGUGUGCUUUUGUGUCACUGAGCAGAUCUUGAUACACUGUUUCUGUUGAGUGGCCUCUGAAACUUGGCUUUCUGUCACUUGGCUGGUUUACACGACAAUCCCUAUGAAAUGAGUGGAAGUAUGAUUUUUGAAUUAAACAACCUUUCCAUUUGG